AUGGCAGCUCCCGCAAACCUCAAUAUCAUUAACUCAAUUCCUGGCUCCAAGCCUACUGCACCUGCAUACUCUUAUAAUGUCAAGAUGACAUGUACUGGUUGUUCAGGUGCUGUUAACAGAGUAUUAGGAAAGAACAUCCAAUUUCCUAACGCAUACCACAUCUCCCUCCCUACUCAGCAAGUCCUGAUUUGGGGUCCUUCGUUACCCCCUUUCGAAGAAGUGACUGCCAAGAUAGCUAAAACAGGAAAAGUUAUCAAUUCUCAAGAAGUCGUUGACGAUUCAGCUAAAUUACCUUCCAUCGAAGCGUAG